UGGUCCCUGCUCUGUGAUUGGCUGCUGCGUGUGUUCGCCCUCAUUUAGAGAGUGUGAGAGUCACAGAGCUGCUGCUGCUAAUGAAGAUGAAGGUGUGGGUGCUGCUCCUUGUCCUCUCCUCGGUCCCCUGUGUCUCUGCUGAUGGUCUCCACGAGACCAGCUCAGUCAGUGGCUGUUCAGAUAGUGAUGGAGAGGAUGUGCUGAUCCUGGAUGAUGAGGUGGUCUGGUACGCAGACUUCUACAACCAGAAAGGAGUCGAUUCUCUGCCAGCCUUUGCAGAUCAUCCACACUGGAAGGACGGAAUGUAUGAACAAGCUGUGGUUAAUCAACAGAUCUGCAGAUAUAACCUGAAGAUGGCUCGUACGGCUAUGAAGGACUUCCCCAAACAACGCGAUGCUCCUUCCAGCGUGAACAUCUACACUACACUAAAUGUGGAGAUUGGAGUCCAAAACACUCUGAUCUGUCAUGUGACUGGUUUCUAUCCUGCUCCCGUUAAAGUCACCUGGAAAAAAAACAUAAAGAAAGUGGUUGAAGGAACCAGCAUCACUGUUCCCUUAUCCAACAAGGAUGGUUCCUUCAGCCAGACGUCCAAACUGGACUUUGUUCCAAAGGGAGGAGAUGUGUACGCCUGCAUAGUGGAACAUAUGGCCCUGACCCAACCAAUUACCAAAGUCUAUGCUGUGGAGGACGUUGAACCCAUUCUGGGACCCAUUCUGGGACCUGCAAUAUUUUGUGGAGUGGGUGUGACUGUCGGGGUCUUCGGCGUGGCAGCAGGAAUCUUCCUCUUCAUCAGAGGGAAAAAGUGAUGCUGAUUGGUUCAUGCUAAUGUUUGAAUAGAGGUAGACACUGUCCUCUGAUGAACUGAUUUUUAUAUGAUUCAUUACAAAUGAAACCUCUGGAAGAAAACUGUGGCAGCAGGUCACAAUGAUCUCAGACCCUCCUCAUCCUCACUGGGACUGAUUAUUGAUGUGAACCAGAAAGAGUUUCAUGGCAUUAAAGAUUUACU